UGCAGGACUCGAUCCCAGGACCCUGGGAUCAUGACCAGAGCCAAAGGCAGAUGCUUAAUGACUGAGCCAUCCAGGUGCCCCUAAAUUGGUCACUUUAACAAAAUAUCAGGCUGUGCUGUACUUAAUGGGAAUAUUUCCUAUGCUUUUAAAAAAUGAGCAAUACAUUAAAUAAGUCUAGGGCUUUAUUCACUCUUUUUUUGCAGACUGUAUCUUUGGAAAGUAUUACUGAAUUGAUAAAGUAUUUAUGGAGAGAGUUAAAAUACUGUAUUAGGGAGGUUCUGGAUUUUACAAAAAUGUAAAGAUCACAGUUCACUAAAAUGUGGAUAAAAAGCCAGUAACUUAUUUGGUUACAUCCAUACUAGCCAUGCCAGUGUUCAUAAAUACAGUGAAAUAAUUGAUAUUUUUGCCCCCCAAACUGAAAAACUAGUUGUAAGCCUGGUGAAAUUUUUUAAUGCAAAAAAGAAUGUAAAAUGAUAGCAACGCUUAUGAAAUGAUAAAAAGUAGAACAUAUCAAAUUUAGAGGGAAAAUAUGAAUACUUGGUUUUUCCAACAAUUAGACAAGGUACAUAAAGAUUCAAGAGCUUACACGUUGAGGGUAAAUGGCUGGACAAUAUGCAGUUCUCCCAGACAACCUCCGGGCGCCGCUGUUGACCAAAGGGAAGAAAGGUUCUCAAUUCUGCGGGAGAGUUGGGCAGUGUUUUCCAGCUUUGACCUGCGCACAUCAAAACGCGGAGGCGGCGUCUGUGCACCCACCAACGCCAGUCCUACGCUCAAAUCACAAAAGUCCAGGUGCUGGCACUGAUUUUUUUUUAAACAUCCCAGAGACAUCCUGAAAAGAAGCUUCCCAGGAAGUUCAAAAAAUGCAAAGAAGCUCCAGAAAAGCUGAACCGAUGAAAAUUCAGGUACUGUUUCUCUUCCUGCUGUCUUUGUUGUGGGGGGCUAUCUCCCAGCAAAUCCAAUACGCUAUUCCGGAGGAGCUGGCCAGGGGCUUGCGGGUGGGGAACCUCGCCAAGGACCUGAAGCUCAGUGUCCAGGAGUUGUCAGCUCGAAAACUGCGGGUUAGUGCAGAGAAUUUCUUCAGUGUGAGUGCAGAGAGUGGGGAUUUGUUAGUGAACGGUAGGAUAGAUCGAGAGGAAAUUUGUGGGAGGAAAUCUGAGUGUGCACUAGAAUUUGAAAUGGUUGCUGAAAAUCCAAUGAAUGUUUUCCACGUGAUUGUUGCAAUCCAAGAUAUUAACGACAAUGCACCGCGUUUCACCGCAAAAGGCAUUGACUUGGAAAUCUGCGAGUCAGCCUUACCAGGUGUAAAAUUCCCUCUGGAUUCUGCACAAGAUGCAGAUGUAGAAAGUAACUCACUGAAGAUAUACACUAUCAACUCCAGUGAACACUUCUCUGUGACAACGAAGGAAAGUCCUGAUGGAAGUAAAUACCCAGAAUUACUGCUGGAAAAACCUCUGGACAGAGAACAGCAGAGCUCCCACCAGUUAAUCCUGACCGCCAUGGACGGUGGAGACCCUCCACUAAGUGGCACCACCCAGGUCCGGAUUCAGGUCACUGAUGCCAAUGAUAAUGCUCCAGUGUUCAGCCAGGAAACGUACAGAGUUAGCCUCCAAGAAAAUGUGCCCUCGGGGACCUCUGUGCUCCAAGUGAUGGCCAGUGACCAGGACGAGGGUGUUAAUGCAGAGAUCACCUAUGCCUUCCUCAGUGCCCCAACAAGUACCAGCCUCCUCUUCAAUCUCAAUCCAAAUACUGGUGACAUUACAACCAAUGGUACAUUGGACUUUGAAAAGACAAGCAGAUAUAUGUUGGUUGUAGAAGCCAAGGAUGGAGGGGUGCACACGGCUCACUGUAAUGUUCAGAUUGAAAUUGUUGAUGAGAAUGACAAUGCCCCAGAGGUCACAUUGAUGUCCUAUUCUAACCAGAUUCCCGAGGACUCAGACCUUGGGACUGUAAUAGCCCUCUUUAAAGUGAGAGACCGGGACUCUGGGCAAAAUGGUCUGGUGACGUGCUAUAUUCAGGAAGACAUUCCCUUCAAAUUAGAAUCCACCUCCAAGAAUUAUUACAAGCUGGUGAUUGACAGUGCCCUAGAUAGGGAGCAGAUGGCGGAGUACAAUGUCACCAUCACAGCCACUGACAAGGGCAAGCCCUCCCUAUUCUCCAGUACAAGCGUCACCCUACACAUCAGCGAUGUCAACGACAACGCGCCGGUUUUCGAACAGCCUUCUUACGUGGUCCAUGUGGCUGAGAACAAUCCUCCUGGAGCAUCCAUCGCACAAGUCAGCGCCUCGGACCCCGACCUGGGGCCCAACGGCCGCGUCUCCUACUCCAUCGUGGCCAGCGACCUGGAGCCACGCGCGCUGGCGUCCUACGUGUCCGUGAGCGCGCAGAGCGGGGUGGUGUUCGCGCAGCGCGCCUUCGACCACGAGCAGCUGCGCGCCUUCGAGCUGACCCUGCAGGCGCGCGACCAGGGCUCGCCCGCGCUCCGCGCCAACGUGAGCCUGCGCGUGUUGGUGGGCGACCGCAACGACAACGCGCCCCGGGUGCUGUACCCGGCGCUGGGGCCCGACGGCUCGGCGCUCUUCGACACGGUGCCGCGCGCCGCGCAGCCCGGCUACCUGGUCACCAAGGUGGUGGCGGUGGACGCCGACUCGGGACACAAUGCCUGGCUGUCGUACCACGUGCUGCAGGCCAGCGAGCCGGGACUCUUCAGCCUGGGGCUGCGCACGGGCGAGGUGCGCACGGCGCGCGCUUUGGGCGACAGGGACGCGGCCCGCCAGCGCCUGCUGGUCGCUGUGCGGGAUGGGGGACAGCCGCCCCUCUCGGCCACAGCCACGCUGCUCCUGGUUUUCGCCGACAGCCUACAAGAAGUGCCGCCAGAUGUCAGCGACCGCCCGGCGCCCUCUGACCCCCAGGCUGAGCUGCAGUUUUACCUGGUGGUGGCUUUGGCCCUGAUCUCGGUGCUCUUCCUCCUCGCGGUGAUUCUGGCGGUUGCCCUGCGCCUGCGACGCUCCUCCCACCCCGCUGCCUGGGGCUGCUUUCGCCGGGAUCUCAGUUCCAAGUCCGGACCUGGGGUUCUCCCCAGUUACAGUGAAGGGACUUUGCCCUAUUCCUAUAAUCUGUGCGUGGCCUCACGAUUAGCUAAGACAGAGUUUACUUUUUCCAACCUGAAACCAGAAAUGGCUCCUCCUCGGGAUCUCCUUUGUGACGAUCCUUCUGUGGAUGUAUGUGUCAGCAAUGAAGACCCCCAAAUCGUUUAUGAUUCGUCUUUUGCCUCUCACGCUCCACACCCAUCGUGAAGCCCAAGACAGGGCUAGAACUCAUGAUCCUGAGGACAAGACCAGAGCUGAAAUCAAGAGUCAGAUGCUUAACCAACUGAGCCACCCACGUACUCUAGAGAAUGACUUAAAAAGAAGAAGAAGAAGAACUGAAAUGAAAGGCAAUUGUGUAAAAUCAUAUUAUUCUGUCUUAUGAAGCUCUUAUUGAUUCUAGACUAUUUUUAAAUGCCUGCUUUUUUACACUUUGCUUGAAGUUUUCUUUUUUUCCUUGAAAAGGUAUUUUCCAUUAUAAUUAAACAGUGGCAAUUUAUAAAGACCGGAGAAAAUAUUAACUUUUAGAUAUAAUUUUAACAGGGAUAGCUUCUCAACUGGAUUGGUGUAUUUCAAGUAUUUUGUUGUUGCAGUUUGUGAGAUGCAUCAGCAGUCACUAUGUAUGAUUCCUUUGUGCACUUCUGUGAUUACCAAAAAUAUUGCCCAUUUUAUUUCAUUCAUCUUUAAGUAGGUGGAAGGAGUAAUUUUAAUAAUUCCUAAAUUUUCUAUUAUGGCAUCACUAUGAGAUCCUUCUCAAUUUCUAAGGAAAACAGUUUUCAAAAUCUUAACCUUUUUCAUCAUGAGAGUCACUUAUAAAGGUUGGGUAACUUGGAUUCUGAAUUGAUAUGAUUUAUGCUACUUAUGAAGUAGGCCUCAUCCCUAUUCCUGAAAAUUGCUCUCAGUUAGCUCUGAGGUGGCUCUGGGAUGAUCUGAUAUGGGGGAAAUAUUUUGUAUGCAAGGGAUAUGCAACACUUUUGUUCCUUGUGCUUUCCUUUCGUUCUGUGAGUUAACUAAGAAUUCAUGAAUGUCUAGGGUUACACAAAUUAGUGCUUUUUAGAUACCUGGGAAUUGUAGCAGUAGAUUGUGGACUAUGCCUCAAUUCAACUUAAGAGGGAGCAUUUUAGGGGCGCCUGGGUGGCUCAGUUGGUUAAGCGACUGCCUUCGGCUCAGGUCAUGAUCCUGGAGUCCCUGGAUCGAGUCCCUGGAUCGAGUCCCUGGAUCGAGUCCCGCAUCGGGCUCCCUGCUCGGCAGGGAGUCUGCUUCUUCCUCUGACCCUCCUCCCUCUCAUGUGCUCUCUCUCUCUCAUUCUCUCUGUCUCAAAUAAAUAAAUAAAAUCUUAAAAAAAAAAAGAAGGAGGAUUUUAGUUUCUAAAUGCUUUAGUCUUUGUGGGAAACUGUGUUGCGAUACAUAGAAAAACAGACUGUCAUGUGAUGCAAUUAGCUGUCAUGGGGAAAGGAGAGAGGAAAUAAUAUUGAGAGAGAUUCUAAGGAGAGAUUAUUUAAAGUACUGAAGCUUUAAAAUAAAAUUUGGAAAUACCAGUUGGCCUGAAACUGUGUCAGGCAUGUUUGGAUGUGGCAUUAGGAAUACAUUCCUGGGGGUGCCUGGGUGGCUCAGUCGUUAAGCGUCUGCCUUCAGCCUAGGUCAUGAUCUCAGGGUCCUGGAAUCAAGCCCCGCAUGGGACUCCCUGCUCUGAGGGAGGUCUGCUUCUCCCUCUCCCACUCCCCCUGCUUGUAUUCCCUCUCUUUCUGUGUCUCUCUUUGUCAAAUAAAUAAAAUCUUAAAAAAAAAAAAAAGAAUACAUUCCAGAAUCAGAGUGAUACAUAUUUUAAAUGUCUAGGAGAGCAGUAGUUUUUACCCUAAUAUCACACUGAAAAUGUACUUUUGUUUGAAUGCACACUGGGUUUCUUUUAGAAAAUAGUAUUUCUGGUUAAGUAAAUUAUUGUGCAACAAUAUGAUGGAAGAAAUAAAUGGGAAAGCUCUUUAUCUACUGAUAUGAAAUAAUUUCAAGAUAUAAUGAGUGAAAAAAGCAAGAUGCAGAACAUAGUAUAUUGUAUACUUACAUUUACGUAUUAAAGGGGGGAGAACAUUUAUAAAAAUCUGCACUAUACAAAACAUAUCUCUGGAAUGGUACACACAAAAAAUCUAACACUUAUUUCUCCUGAGAGAAAUGUGUUAUUGAAAGCAGAGAGGAGGCAGUAUGCUGUAUGUGCCUUUUCAGUUUGGAGCUAUAUGAAUAUAUACCAUUUUAAAAACAAAUAGUCUCUGUAAAUUCAGAAAAGAAGUAUUUUCUCAAAACAUUUACAAGCAAUUGGUGCACUUCCACGAGAAAACCUCUGGGUGUCGCUGUAGGUCAAAAAAGUGAGAGAAGAUGCAUUUGGGAGCCUCUUAGAGGGUAACUUCCUGCUCAAACCAGCCACUUAAGAGGAGACCAGUAAAGAUUCGGAUACAGAAAACAAAAGCAGGAAGAGAGACCCUACCCAGGCUUUUGCCAUCCACGGAGGGCUUACUU